AUGACGGAAAAAAUUGAUUGCACGAAUCUCCAACGAGAGAUAGAAAAAAUAAAUCUUUCUGUUUUAUUUACACCUAGUGAAGAUUUAGAAUCUAUAAAAUUAUAUGAUAGGACUGUAGAAGUAACUGGAUACAUUGAUGGAAUUGACUCGCCACGUAUUGUUGGCGAUCAAAAACAAUAUAAUGUAUUUAAAUUAAAUAAUGACGAUGGAAAAAGAAUAUAAAUUUUGUGUUGGAACGACAAAAUUGAACGGGUCUUAUCUCAUGUGAAUCCGAAUAACAUCAUUCACUUGGAUGGUGCUCAGUCGAGACCACCAAGAAAUCCUAGUUAUAAUAAUGGGAAUGUUCCGUAUGAAUUAUUAAUCCACUCAAAUACUAUAAUUGAAAAUGUGGGUAAAUAUGAACCUAAAAAUACGUUCAGUGAACCGAUUCCAACAAAAAUAAUUGAUAUUGCCAAUGCUACUGAUCGCAUCAAAACUGUUGCUGACAAGAACGUACUGAUAAAAGAAUACCCCCUUGUGUUGCUUUGCUGCAACUAUGAGAAUAUUUGUGGCAAGUUGACAAUAACUUGCAAUUAUUUGGCUAUCUGGGAUACAACUUACAUUAUAUAA